AUAGAGCUGCGGGACUGAAAUUGAAGAGCACAGAGACGAAAGCCAACAGCAGCGAUAUCUGUAGAUUGCGCGACUGCUAUCUUGCGAUAAAAAGGGUGCGAGUGGGCUCGGGGCAGCCGAAACACGCAAAAUCUCCGAUAUUUUCCGGCUUGCCUUCGGCUCGGCUCGGCGGGCCGCUGGAGGCAUGGCCGAUUUUUGUGCUUUAGCCGACUGGUGCGCUUUGGGAUUUCACACUCCAAGCAUAUGCUUUGGCGGGCCCGUACCACCCCACCACCACACGCCGAUGCUCUGAGCACCACAUCCUUCUUCAGCACUUUUUAGUUUCAACAGAAGAAGAAAGAAUGGGCAAAGCUGCCAGAGAAAUCACCCCCGAGGAGCUGGGUCCAGGUACCAAGCGCUGGCUCCAAACAGUCGUCGUAACUCUAUUUGGCAUGAGCAUAGUGGUCUGCCCAUUGUUCUACCUCUUGCUGUACGCAGUCGCCCCGUGGCUCUGGCCGGUGCUGCUCAUGUACGGCGCGUUCUGUGUCGUGGACCCGGGUGUCGAGGACGGCAUCGGCCGGCGACGCGAGUGGAUCCGGGUGCUGCGAGUGUGGGACUACCUGGUCGACUACUUUGAGCCGCGCAUCGUGUCGGAGGCCACGUUGGAUCCUGGUAAAAGAUACAUCAUGUGUGUGGUUGCGGGUGCCAAGAAGGUCGGGUUUGACCGGGCGUACCCUGGCAUCACUGUGCAUCCGGCGGUGCUGCCGAUCACGCUGCGUAUACCGUUCUUCGGCGAGUAUCUGCUGAGCAUGGGCGCCAUUUCGUCGUCCAGGGACAGCAUCCGCAAGUGCCUGGCGCGUGGCGGCGGCCAUAUGCCUGGCAUCAUCAUCGGUGGUGCCCAGGAGAGCCUGCGCACAGACACCAAGGUCACAACGCUGGUGCUUCGCAACCGCAAGGGGUUUGUGCGCGAGGCGCUGCUGGCUGGAGCCGAUCUGGUGCCUGUGUUUGUGUUCAACGAGAACAAGAUCUAUAAGCAGAUGGCCAAUCCGCCGGGCUCGCUGCUGUACAGAGUGCAGCGGCUCUUCCAGCGCUACGCACAUUUUGCCGUGCCUGCGUUCUACGGCAAAAACGGCUUCACGCCCUUCAAGACCCCGAUCACGUUUGUGGCUGGCGAGCCGAUUGCGGUGGACCAGACCAAGGCGCCGACUGGCCAGGACAUCGACCGCUACCAUGCGCAGUACCUCGAGGCCCUGACUGAUCUGUGGACCAGGUACCACGCCAAGUACGACGGCGAGGCUGAGCGCCUGGAUAUCAUAUAGACCAACGGGCAAUGGCGCCAGGCCAAAGUGGGGCUUUGAAGUAACCGCCGCAGCCGCAGCCCGUAAUCCUGAGCUUGGAUUCCUAUUGCGGGCAGGUGUCUUACGAAACCG